GGGAGAAAGAGGGGAGGAAUAAUGAUAAAGUGGGACGGUUGGUCUGACUGGGCAUUUUCAUUCUUCGACAGGGACCUUGAGCACUAUGCCGGACCCCUUUCCUUUUGAUAUUUGUACAUGACCACGAACGCAACCAUGAACGAUGGCUCUUCUGAGAAAAAUCAAUCAGGUCCUGCUGGUAAUCCUGGUGCUGAUGCUGUACUUGGUCCUGUACAGCUCGCUACACAAAACCUCCAGUCGACACAAAAUUUCAGCUCACUGGAAGAAACUGAGUGAUGCCGUGGCGAAAAAAGUCGAUCGUGUCAUCCCUGUCGUUAUCUGCGCCUCGGAGGAGCGCAUGGGCGCAACCAUGGCGACCAUCAACAGCAUUCGUAGCAACACAAAUGCUAACGUGCUCUUCUAUAUUGUCACGCUACGAGACGCCGUUACACUGACCAGACGCUACAUUGAGGAAAGCCAACUAAAAGGCAUUAAAUAUAAAAUCUUGGAGUUUAAUCCAAUGGUUCUGAAAGGGAAAGUGAACCCUGAUUCCUCCAGACCGGAUCUAUUACAUCCACUCAACUUUGUGCGUUUUUAUCUACCACUGCUUGAAAUGAACCACGAGAGGGUCAUCUACUUAGACGAUGACAUCAUUGUUCAGGGGGACAUUCAGGAUCUGUUUGAAAUCAAACUAAAGCCGCAACACGCUGCUGCUUUCGCCUCCGACUGCGACUUGCCCUCCACUCACGAGAUGGUGGGCAGCGUCGGCAUGCAGACAACCUACAUGGGCUACCUGGACUACAGAAAACAAGAAGUGAGGAACCUUGGGAUCAAUCCCAACGAUUGCUCCUUCAACCCUGGUGUGUUUGUGGCGGAUAUUCGUGAAUGGAAAAAGCAGAAGAUCACCAAGCAGCUCCAGAAGUACAUGGAGGACAAUAUCAAGCUAAACAUCUACAGCAGUGCUAUGGCAGGAGGUGUGGCCACUCCGCCUAUGCUCAUUGUUUUUCACGACAAAUACACCGUGCUGGAUCCGAUCUGGCACGUCAGACAUCUCGGUUGGAGUCCAGAUUCUGGCUAUCCCGAGAGCUUCGUGCAGAAGGCACAACUGCUGCACUGGAACGGCCCAUUCAAACCGUGGGGGUACCCUGCUGUUCACACGGAACGCUGGGAGAAGUGGUUCAUUCCAGAUCCGUCUGGGAAGUUCUCCUUGAUGAGGCCGUAGAGCAAUAAUUAAUGCGGACUGUGGAACAUACCAUAUCGGAGUCACGGGGGGUAUUUUUUAUAUUAUUAUUAAAUAGGAAUAUUUGAAUUUUAUUCAACUUUAUUCACUGCUGUAACAUCUGAAUAUUCCCUCUAGGGAUCAAUAGAUGACAUAAAUAGUAAAACAUAAGCAAAUAUUUAUUAAAGUUAAUAACAUUGUAUGAUUGCCAGUUCCAUACCAUUUAUACGUCUGAUCAAACUGCUAAUCAAAUGGCUAAAAAAAAAUCACACAAAGCUUCAUUUGUUGGAGGAUAGACAAUCGUCUCUUUCAUGGACUUCCUGUUUUUUUUUAACGUGAGAGCCGAUUCACACUCGACACAUUAUUUAUAAUGAUUUAUGAUUUCUAAAGUGCCUCAGUGAUGACUACUCUGAGUUUGACAGAUUGCCCAGUUAGCCCGAAGGAACUACGAAUCCACCUGCGACUUACUAUUUACUCAUGAGAUCAUCAUUUUUGUGAGGUCAUUUUGCGAACGCGUUGGUCAACAACAAAUGAAACAUGUUUUUUUGCAGAAUCUAAUAAAAAAAAAAAUCAAUAGCAACACAACACAAUAGCUUAAUAAAAUAUAAUACACGAGUUGAAA